UGAAAACACACGCACACACGCACACGCACACACACACCCUCAUGACGGCUGUGGGUGGAGUUUCCUCGUGGUGCUUUAAAGUGCUGCGUAAUGUGCCGGGGUGGUGUCAUUACGCAGACGGAGCUCUCCGAGCGCGCAACAGCAGCUGGACUUUAAGAUAAAUUCUUUUACAAGUUUUCAGAGAUAAAUAUUGAUGCUGCUGUUUAUCUGAAGGAGGAUUUAGGUUUUAGGAUGACUGAUCUGUGGAGCUCCUGGACUCUCGUUGAAAACAAGAUUAGAUGAUUCUUCAGAACGAGACCAGAUGUGAUUCUGGUGAUUUUGUCAUAGUGCCGACCCCCCCCCCCUAUGGGAUGACCUCUGACCUCUGACCCUCGCACCAUGGAGGCCAACCCUCAGCUCCACUACAGGGUCAACGGGGACGCUGGGCGAAACUCCAGGCCAGGCGAAGACGAUGCGCUGAAAUCCCUGAGCCAGGAGGAGCAGGAGUGCCUCCAGUUCUUCGAGGAGACCAUCAUCUCGUUGGAGAAGAGUCUGGAGGAAAACGACCGGAGGAAGCCCCCAGAGGGCAGCAGCCGUCCGGUCGAAACGGUCAAUGGAACCCCAAUCUUGACUCCCGUCGUGUCCUCCCUAUUGGCAGGACCUCCCAGUCCCAAAGACCAGGAUAUUAUAUACCUGGUCCGCCCAGAACUGGACUUGGUGCAGACCAAAGAAUCGAUCUUCAAUCCCAUCAGUCCAGAUUUUCAGAGUAUGGUGCAGAACCCUGAAAGCCACUUCGAGAUAAAGCCGAGGCGAGAUGUGAUGGACAGCUUGCCUUCAGAGUACAACCCCCCCUUACCAAGCGGCAGCUAUGGGGUGACAGACAGCCACUCCCCCUACCACCCUCCAGGCUGUAUCCCCACCCCGGUCUUGAUUGCCCAGCAGAUAGCAGAUAACCAGGCAGGGGGAACCUCUAACUUCCAUCCCUCCUCAUUCCUCCGCCGUUCCAGCGUGGAAUCCGACAAUCCACCGAGCCACAACGGCGACCUUUCUGUUAAACACGGUCCUCCUACCUCUGUUAAGCCAAACCGCUUUCCUGCUAACAUCAGCGUGAUCCACGGCAACAAGGAGCACCAGAACCAGCCAGUGUCUAAUGUGAACAUCAAUGAGAGACGUGCGCAGAUGCUGGCAAACCUAACAGGUGCGUCACACCCUUUGCUGCAGGAGGAUCCUCAGCCGACAGUGGAGCAGAUGCCUCGAAAUACUCCCACUCGCAGUAUUUCCUUCAAAGACCCCUCACCAGACAAAUCCAGGAUGGAGGCCCUGUCUAAGCUGGGCCUGAACAGGAACCGAGCCAUGUCUGGGGGUAUGUCGCUCCUCGACAUCCCUAACAGCAACUCUCUGCAUCCUCCCACAGGUGCAGAAACCAGUGUCAAUCCUGCGGAGGUCAGUGCUCCCACAACAACAGAAACCAGUACCAAAAUGUCAGGAGCCAAUGUUACGACGCCACGUCAGAGCCAGAUUCACGUCGACAGGAAACCAGAGAUUUCACGGUCAGAUUCCCUCAGGAGGUAUGAUGAGAGAAACAAACAACUGAACGCUUCGCUUCCACCAGUCACACAUAGCAGCUACUAUCCACCUCCUCCACCUCCUCCGCCUGAGGUCACCUUGCUAGAACAAAACAGCUACGGGGGGAAAUCUAUCGCAGUCAACCCUUCUCAUUCUUCCAAGAGCGGACCAGCAACUUCUCCAACUAGCCAUGAACCCAAAGUCCUCCCACCUGCGCUGGCUAACCCCAGUGAGUUCAACCCCUACGGAGGAAAGACCAAAGUCAUGACCCCUGCUCUUGUAGCCCUGCCCAGGAACAACCUUCCCGACAUCCUCAGCUCCCAUAUGGACAGGAGUCAAACUGUUGCCCGCCAAACCAGAGCUGCUACCCAUUGA